GAAGGCAUGCCAACUAGACUGCCUGCCCUGAGAGCAGUGUCGCUACCUAUGACAGACAACCGUUAGCAGUGUUUUAUUAUUAUUUCUGUCAGUUUAUUAAACCUACACGUCACGUGUUGUCAUAUAUUUACGUUUACCACAUUUAGAUGUUAAAACCGAUGCGAAACGAGAGUGCUAGCCUGCGUUUAGCCUAGCUAGUUUUAGCUGUUACAGCCGUGUGGCCGCUGACAAGCCACCAUCAGGGUCAUCCUUCUGCGGACAGGUCUUGCAUGAGGUUGCUGUUUGGCCACAGAAAAAAUGGCCAGCCCAAAUGAUUUACACUUUCAAGAGUUUGAGGAAGCAGCAGAGCUGUUGUCUGCAGACCCAAAGGCCUCCACACUCAGUAUGUCUGCCUCAGACACCCCUGCUACAGCAGGAGGAGGAGAGGAUGUGAAAUUAGACCUGUCGGAGGAUGAGGAGGGUCAGGAGGAGAGUUCAGAGUUGUUAGGAGGACAGAAACCAACCGGUGGCUUUUGGACCUUUGAGUACUAUGAGUCUUUCUUCAAUGUGGACACAGUGCAGGUACUGGACAGAGUUAAGGGAUCAGUGUUGCCGUUACCUGGAAAAAACUUUAUCAAACACUACCUUAGAUCUAACCCAGAUCUAUACGGUCCAUUCUGGAUCUGUGUGACGCUGGUGUUCUCAGUCGCGAUAAGCGGGAACCUGUCCACCUUCCUCAGUGAGAUGGGAAACCCUGCCUACCAUUACAGACCACAGUUCCACAGAGUAACGAUAGCUGCGGUAGUGAUCUUCAUGUAUGCCUGGCUGGUGCCAAUCGGUUUAUGGGGUUUCCUGACCUGGCGGCAGGGGGCUGAGAGGCAGAUUGGAGGCUAUUCCUUCCUGGAGACAGUGUGUGUCUACGGCUACUCCCUCUUCAUCUAUAUUCCCACCUCAGUCCUGUGGAUCAUCCCAUUUGAGUGGUUGCGCUGGACACUGAUCCUGGUCGCCAUGAUGAUUUCCGGCUCAGUCCUGGUCCUCACCUUCUGGCCUGUUGUCCGUGACGACACCAAGGUGAUGGCUGUGGCUACAGUCGUGACCAUAGUGGUUUUGCACACGCUGCUGGCAAUAGGCUGUAAGAUGUACUUCUUCCAGACAGCAAUACAUGUACCAACACUCAUCCCUCAUUCCUCAACCCCCUCCACUUACAUCACACUGGCCACCAAACCCCACUGACCGAGGGAAAAGGAAGGAGAGUGGGCAGGGAAGAGGAAAUGAAGGCUGUUAUGUCUGGAAUCACAGACCGAUAUAUAACCAUGUAUAGACAAGCUGGUUGAGGCAAUGUUGACUAUUGCCACUGUGUGAUUUGUUUCAUGUUCCCUUCAUGCGCUGGAAUGGGUGUGUGUGGUUGUUUGUCUAAUUUAUCUUGAGGUUGGUUUCACUGUAACUGAAGUAGCAUUUGUUCCUCUGCAAUAACUGUGCAUUUCUACUGUGAUGUGCUGCAUGUAGACUGUCUAGAAUGAUUUCCUUAACGCUGUGAACUCAGCAGCAAGACAGAAACUCAAGUUAAAAAUAAGAAGAAAUUAACAAUGACUCAUCAUUAUUUAAUUAAUGAUUUAUGAUAUACUAAAAAACAGUGAAUACAGAGGCCAUAACAAUUUCUUAAAGACCAAGGUGACAUCUUCAAAUUAUAGAAUGAAAUAUAAUUAUUAUAUUUGAUUUUAGGUGAAAUUUCAACAAUAAGUCAACAAGUAUUGGGUGGAAACACUGGACAUUUUGACUUGUUACAGGAAACAGGAAAAACACAACAAAAGAAGAUGACAUUAACAGUGGCUCUAAUCUAAUCAAGCGGUGACAGUAAGUUAGUCAUCAGUCAUUUUAUUGCCACCUUCAAAUUGUUAAACUGUCAUUACAGGAAACCAAGUAGGAAAACUGUUCACUUCAGUCUCUGAGUCGGAGGUGUUGGGAUUAUGUGACAGCAAUUGGUGAAAAGAACUGGAGAGGUGUCAGUAACCAAAGCUGGCAAAAUGGCUGCAAAGCCACCACUGGCAAUUACAUGUAAAUAAAAUACAGUAUUACACAGUAACAUAGCCAAUUCAACCAACUGAAAAGGAGCUAAAUAGUGUGUUUGUAUUUGGUGUCACUAGUUACAAACACAAAAAAGUAGCUAAAUGCAGUGACUACAAGGCUAGCAGAUGCUAACACCAUAUUUGUUGCAGAAAGUCAAUAACCUUGAUGAUCCCCUGAAGUCUUGUCCACCGAGAUCAAGUUACUUUAGUUUAUGACCAAAUACUUUCAACAGUAAUGGCAUUCCCAUCAGCCUCUUGUGUUUAGCGCUAAUUAGCCAUUGUUAGCAUGUGAACAUGGUAAACAUGCCUGCUGAACAUCAGCAUGUUAACAUUGUUAUUUUCUAUUUUUGAUGUUGCAUGGUUUAUGUUAUGUUUAAGUUAGCAUUAGCUAAGUUGUCUUAGUGCAGUCGCACAGAGCUCUGGUUGUAAACUCAGUCUUGUUCAUUGAUAAAUGCUAUGACAACUCAUUUUCUGUCUACCUAUUAUUUGGUUACCUGUUUAAUCCUUCCAGCACCAAGUGAAACCUUAUAAUUCCACCUCAAUCACACAUUUGAAUGUCGUAAAGCUUGAAGCAACAGCUUUCAGCAAAUACUGUAAAAUUAAGACUUAAUACUUAUUUAUUGUUGAAAAUUCAAACACUGAAUUGCGUGAGCUGCUUGUUUCAGUCACAGAUGUAGGAAAGGAAGUGAUUCUAGACUAGUGCAGUGUAGGACUCCUGCUGAUGCACCACGUCACUCAGCCUCCUAACUUUCAUUUACAAAAUGACUUCAGUCGUGUUGUUUGCAUAGAUGAUUUAUUGUAAACUGAGGAAAACGUUUGUGUCUGCGUAACCCCCAAUGUGAUACUGUUUAGGGUGUUUUGUUAAUAAACAGACUCUGUGCUGCUAAUUUCUGUAACAUUAUUUCAUCCACACUCUCAGCUAUCUGUAACAACAGCUAUGGCUCCAUGCUGCUUCCUGUGUGAGUUCAAGCACGGCAGCCAAAUCAUUUAUAGUUUGUUUUUUUUUAAUUCCCACAUUUUAUAGAUUGUGAAAGGCGAGGAUGUAUGAUUUAUGAUACAUUUAAUAACUUGUUCUCUGCAUGUUACAGUUGCUUUAUAAAAUCCUUAUCAAGCUCAGUUAGCUCCAGUAAACUGCCAUAGUUCUCUUAAAGUAAACGUGGGUAAGCAGGCCUGAAUUAGAGCUGCCUUCGCCUUCUACCACACAUAUGACCGAACAAUGCAGGACACAUCCAUGAAUGAGAAUGAGAGGCUGAUUGUUGCUAUUGUUAUUUUGAGGUGAGGUCAGAGGUCGUGGAAAAAAAACAAGAUGAACAAAUACAUUUGCACAUUGUACAGAGCACUGGCGUACCGUACAUAUUGGAUACUACAUUAAAGAGCCAGAGCUCUGCUCUAAUUCGAGUGGGUUUAUAAUGAGUGUAAAAACACCUGUGUUCACCCUGAGAGUUGUUUUCCAGCUGAAUGUGAAAUGUCAUCUCAUGAGUUUUGAUGCAUUUGGUUAAAUCUGCUCCUGUUUAUCUCGGCACUCAUCAUCAAUAAAUGCCAGUGUGCCACUUCCAUUGGCAGCCAUACAUGUACAUGCCUGAGCUGUAGCAGAAGCACCACGUAUGACACAUGAAGUCGCAUGUGUUGGAUCACGAGCUGUUCCUUAUUUUAAUCUGGAUUCAUUUUCCCUGAAGUGUUUGGCUCCAUCUUGUUUUUCCAUUCCUGAACUUUUUGAUGGCAUCGUCAGUGGAAUGGUCCUCCACUUAGUUACAGACUGAAACAUCUCAAUAUCAAAUGGACAGCCAUGAAAUUUGCUACCUAACUUUUUCUGAUCCCUGUCUUUUCUUACAGUGUCAGUCAUGCAGAACUAUGUUGAAAACAUUACCUUCUCCACAUUAUCACGGUACUUCCUCACAGAGCCGCUGGCGAGGCCGUAGUCUCUUAAAUCCAUACUGCAGUGGAAAACCACCUGUAGUGAUCAUGGUUGCUGCGAUCAAUCAUUUACGUGGAUCAAAAGCUUGUGACAGAAUCGUUCCUAAACAAAUGCUGUUUAAAUGAUUUGCUUAUAGUAAUCAAAUAGUUUGCUUAGUGUUCGUUUUGGGUCUCUUCGUACACGACAACAUAAGUUGUAGCCUCCUGUGCAACCGUCAUAUGCUCAGUCUCUCCUUUAACUUAUGGUACAAGGUUUAGGAGCCACAGUGUGUAACGGCCAUCCUCGCCUGCUCUCCCAAUAUAAAUUCAUCAUCCCAUUAUAUUCGAUGUGUUGACCAUUCAGCCUCGGCUUGGAGCAGGAGAGGGCCACGGUACAGUUUGUUAUUUUAUCUUUAAAUAGUGAAGAUGUCCAUUUGAUUCUAUUUUCAUGUAAUAAACAUCAAUUAUAUGAUGAUAAUCUGCAUGAGAAAUAAAGAAAAAAGGGGGGGAAAAAAUUCUGUCAAUCAUCUGCCUAUAGUGACCAAUUUUACACAGACAUGAUCUCUAGGAGCGGUUUGUACAUAGUCAAUAUAUGCAGUAUGGAUUACAUACUAAUCAUCUGUCCUUUCCUUUGGUCCAUUUUAGCAUGUGUGUAUGGAUAGAGAACAUCCACACGAAACAUAAUCUCACAUGAGACUAUAACUAGUCCCAGUCCAACUAGUCCAGUCUGUUUACUUGGAUAUUAGUAGUUUGCACUUGUUACUGCAGAAAUAACGUCUUAUAAUUUAAAGCGUUACAACAGUUCACUCUGAUAUAAGAUGUUGAGCUGAAGCUCUCAGACAUACCAAAGUGCUUAGUGCCCGACAUAAACUGAGUUAAUUCAGGACUGAAGUUGCUACGGAGACGUCUGUGUCGUGGACAGAGGAAACACUCACCACAGUGUCGAGGAGUGACUCUGAGUCUGGAGCAGAGGAGUCGACGUCAGACAGUGAGUGAAGGUGUUAUUACUGCUUCGUCAACACAGAAAUAACAGAACAUGACACACAGUCUGCCCAUUACACGUUUCCAUUAGAAAAGUGGAUGUCACUACUGACUACACAGAGCAACGUUUCCAUGACAGAGGGCACACGAUGGUUAAAGGCGACCACAUGGUAAAACAUCUGCUGUGUCCACAGUCUAUUUAACAAACUAGAGGGAACAAAUUAAAGUACUACAACACCUGAUCCAGGAUGGGUUUGGAACAUCUCCACCACAUUUAAUUUGCUCUCUUUUUUUAAUUGUUGUUUUUUGUGACAGAAAAAAAAAA